AUGCGUUCUCCAUACCCAAAGAUGGUUGGGAGAGAAGAGGACAAAAAAGAGAGCGCGCUCGACCAGGAUAAAUCGACUCCUCAUUUCGACGCCAGCAUGGAGACGUCAUCGUCUGGAGGCGGUAUGCUUGCCAUUGGUCUUUUUGGCAGACCAGUUAACGACAUCUCCACUUGGAAACCAACCGAAUGGCUUUCUAGGUACUUAGACUGUAGACAUGGUGCCAUAGUACGAAGGCACAGAGGAUUUGGUGGGGUCAAGUCGGCAACAGCUCGUGUAAAUCCGUCCCUGGAGUUUCAUAGUACCGACAAAAGACGGCGAAAAGGCUGCGUGAUUUUUUUGGUGGAUUUGUGGCGCAUUUUUUGA